AUGCAGGUGAUCCAGCACCCUGCGGAGACACUUCGCACCGCCCUGGUGUCCAGCCGCUGUGACCUGACUGAUCGCUACCGUAAGUACAGCCGAGAAGAGCGGAGGCUCCUGGAGGAGGGUCUCCACCCAGGGGAUGGGUCCUUGUUCCAGCCCAUCACUGUGCACUCUGACUCGGACUGGAUCCCCUCGCACCAAGAGGAGCCGCAGGACUUCCAGAGUUUCUAUAGCAACCCCUACAGCAGCAUGCCCAUCAAGGGUCACAGUACUAUCUACAUUCAGAUCAUCGGUCGGUGGGUCCACACUCUCUCUGUCUAAGCCGUCUCUCAAGCCCUAUGGCCUAUUAAUACCUUUUACAGAGAUACAGUUUCCCUGCAGUAGCAAAAUCCUCUGAAAAUAACAGUGAAUCAUUCAGGAUGCCAUUAGCUGGUGAGCCAUGGACAACAAACACAUUUGUGUGUGAUUGAGCUGACCACUACUGUUGAGCCACACACAGCAGCUACUGUAAGCAAUCAGAGUUAAGGGAGAAGUGGAUUUAACUAAAGCUAAACGUCAUGAGAGAUAGAAUAUUUGAACUGCCACAGUUAAAGGCAGUGCAUCAACCAAUACAGAACAUGCACAACUUGAACCUCUUGCACAGAGACAUGCAUGCACCUAGUUUGCCACUCUGUGCUCAAGAACAAGAACCACAAAUAGGGCAUAAUAAUAUAAUAAUAUAAUAUAAUAGGGCAUAAUAAUAUAAUAUAAUAGGGCAUAAUAAUAUAAUAAUAUAAUAGGGUAUAAUAAUAUAAUAUAAUAGGGCAUAAUAAUAUAAUAAUAUAAUAGGGCAUAAUAAUAUAAUAGGGCAUAAUAAUAUAACAUAAUAGGGCAUAAUAAUAUAAUAAUAUAAUAUAAUAGGGCAUAAUAAUAUUAUAAUAUUAUAUAAUAGGGCAUAAUAAUAUAAUAGGGCAUAAUCAUAUAAUAAUAUAAAAUAAUAGGCCUUAAUAAUAUAAUAAUGUAAUAUAAUAGGGCAUAAUAAUAUAAUAAUAUAAUAUAAUAGGGUAUAAUAAUAUAAUAAUAUAAUAUAAUAGGGCAUAAUAAUAUAAUAAUAUAAUAUAAUAGGGCAUAAUAAGAUAAUAUAAUAGGGCAUAAUAAUAUAAUAUAAUAGGGCAUAAUAAUAUAAUAGGGCAUAAAAAUAUAUUAAUAUAAUAUAAUAGGGCAUACUAAUAUAAUAUAAUAGGGCAUAAUAAUAUAAUAUAAUAGGGCAUAAUAAUAUAAUAUAAUAGGGCAUAAUAAUAUAAUAUAAUAUUAGGGCAUAAUAAUAUAAUAUAAUGGGGCAUAAUAAUAUAAUAAUAUAAUAUACAGUGGCUUGCGAAAGUAUUCACCCCCCUUGGCAUUUUUCCUAUUUUGUUGCCUUACAACCUGGAAUUAAAAUGGAUUUUUGGGGGGUUUGUAUCAUUUGAUUUACACAACAUGCCUACAACUUUGAAGAUGCAAAAUAUUUUUUAUUGUGAAACAAACAAGAAAUAAGACAAAAAAACGGAAAACUUGAGCGUGCAUAACUAUUCACUCCCCCAAAGUCAAUACUUUGUAGAGCCACCUUUUGCAGCAAUUACAACUGCACGUCUCUUGGGGUAUGUCUCUAUAAGCUUGGCACAUCUAGCCACUGGGAUUUUUGACCAUUCUUCAAGGCAAAACUGCUCCAGCUCCUUCAAGUUGGAUGGGUUCCGCUGGUGUACAGCAAUCUUUAAGUCAUACCACAGAUUCUCAAUUGGAUUGAGGUCUGGGCUUUGACUAGGCCAUUCCACGACAUUUAAAUGUUUCCCCUUAAACGACUUGAGUGUUGCUUUAGCAGUAUGCUUAGGUUCAUUGUCCUGCUGGAAGGUGAACCUCCGUCCCAGUCUCAAAUCUCUGGAAGACUGAAACAGGUUUCCCUCAAGAAUUUCCUUGUAUUUAGCGCCAUCCAUCAUUCCUUCAAUUCUGACCAGUUUCUCAGUCCCUGCCGAUGAAAAACAUCCCCACAGAAUGAUGCUGCCACCACCAUGCUUCACUGUGGGGAUGGUGUUCUCGGGGUGAUGAGAGGUGUUGGGUUUGCGCCAGACAUAGCGUUUUCCUUGAUGACCAAAAAGCUCAAUUUUAGUCUCAUCUGACCAGAGUACCUUCUUCCAUAUGUUUGGGGAGUCUCUCACAUGCCUUUUGGCACCAAACGUGUUUGCUUAUUUUUUUUCUUUAAGCAAUGGCUUUUUUCUGGCCACUCUUCCGUAAAGCCCAGCUCUGUGGAGUGUAUGGCUUAAAGUGGUCCUAUGGACAGAUACUGUGGAGCUUUGCAGCUCCUUCAGGGUUAUCUUUUGUCUCUUUGUUGCCUCUCUGAUUGAUGCCCUCCUUGCCUGGUUUGGUGGGCGGCCCUCUCUUGGCAGGUUUGUUGUGGUGCCAUAUUCUUUCCAUUUUUUAAUAAUGGAUUUAAUGGUGCUCCGUGGGAUGUUCAAAGUUUCUGAUAUUUUUUUAUAACCCAACCCUGAUCUGUACAUCUCCACAACUUUGUCCCUGACCUGUUUGGAGAGCACCUUGGUCUUCAUGGUGCCACUUGCUUGGCGGUGCCCCUUGCUUAGUGGUGUUGCAGACUCUGGAAAGAUUUAAAUAUACUGAGAUCAUGUGACAGAUCAUGUGACACUUAGAUUGCACACAGGUGGACUUUAUUUAAAUAAUUAUGUGAUUUCUGAAGGUAAUUGGUUGCACCAGAUCUUAUUUAGGGGCUUCAUAGCAAAGGGGGUGAAUACAUAUGCACGCACCACUUUUCCGUUAAUUUUUUGAAACAAGUUAUUUUUUUCAAUUCACUUCAACAAUUUUGACUAUUUUGUGUAUGUCCAUUACAUUAAAUCCAAAUAAAAAUCUAUUUAAAUUACAGGUUGUAAUGCAACAAAAUAGGAAAAACGCCAAGGGGGAUGAAUACUUUUGCAAGGCACUGUAAUAGGGCACCAUACCAGUGCAUUUCCUCGUUUUUCUUUCCUUCUGAGCCAGGUGCAAAAACCACAGAAACAGCAUUCAGGGCUACAGUACAAACACCAGAAUGUUCCAUUGAAACCAAUUGUUGGUGUGCCACAAAGCUAUGUUGGAGAGGUGCUCCACCUAAAUAAGGUCAAACAUUGAGUGGUACUAUUCAGCUAUCCAUCUCUCUGUGUCUUGUUUCCCAGGCUCCUUUGGGGAGGCAGAGGCUGAGACAGGCCAGUACGUGGAGUGGAUAAGGGACUACUGCCAGGCCUUCUAUUAUGGGCUGGUGGUUAAGCUAUUGCCUCCGGUGACCGUUGCUGCCACAGGCUGUGCGUUCAGGGUCAACAGCAGUUCACGCAAUCUACAGAUCCACGCAGGUGAGAGAAACCAGCUCAUGACACCGGGUCAAGGACCAGGGUUCCCCUUUGUGGGGGAUUGUCAGGUGUAAUGAGGCCCUCAAAUGGCCAAUGUGGGUAAAAAAAAGAAUAAAUAAAUGAAAGGUGGUUGUCAUAAUUUCUUUCAGGGGAUUUGGUUCCUUAAGAAGAGGAAACCUAAAGAUGCCUUCUGCAUCUUGGGCAUCACCAUGAUAGAUCUCUACCCCAAAGACUCCUGGAACUUUGUGUUUGGACAGGCCUCCCUCACUGAAGGUGAUAUUUAAUGUUAAAAAUUAACGCACACACUUUAAUGUAGUUGUAUUCCUAUAAUAUGGGAUUAUCCCAUUGCUUGCACUGUACCAGAUUUGUAAAGAAAGUUGUUAUCUGUAAUACUUCCUUAAAUGUAAUCCUGGAGACCCCCUGGCAAACACCAUGCCAGGGGGUCUCCAGGAUUACAUUUAAGGAAGUAUUACAGAUAACAACUUUCUUUACAAAUCUGGUGCUUUCCUUUAACUUGUUCUGACUCUAACUCUAACAUACCAGUAGGUGGUGCUUUACAUGCUGACUACACCGGGCACGCACGUGUGUCCGCAUGCGCCAUUACGCACAUGUUGAUUUUGUCCAUCCAGACGCGAUAUUGUUUUUCAAAUAUCUGAACCAAUAUAUUUAUAUGGUGACAGGUCAAAACACAUGAAAAAUGUAUGGACAUUUAGCUAGCUUGCUUGCUGUUGCUAGCUACUUUGUCCUGGGAUAUAAACAUUGGGUUGUUAUUUUAACUGAAAUGCACAAGGUCCUUUUUUUCUGGAUCUUUGUAGAAUUUUCACCCAUACUGAGUCAACAAAAUCCUGUGUUCUAUACUCCGACAAUUAAUCCACAAAUAAAAGGGGAAACCUAGUUAGUUUCUAGUAAUCUCUUCUUCUUCUUCUUCUUCUUCUUCUUCUUCUUUAGACUUUAUAUGGUGGUUGGCAACCAACUUUAAGGUGCAUUAGCACCACCAACUGGACUGGAGUGUGGACCUCCGUUCAUCUUUCAAUCACCCACGUGGGUAUGUGCUCCUAAAAACCAAUGAGGAGAUGGGAGAGGCGGGACUUGCAGCGCAUCAUGCGUAAAAAAUAGAACCAAUAACUAUUUUAGCGCCUGGGCUACGCAGACACUCAUUGACGCGCGCAAGCAGUUUGGAUGAAAUUAUUGAAUAGCAUGAAUGUGUACAUUUAUUUUGCAACGCUCGCGCACGCAAUGCGGGCGGUGUGGUCAUCAUGUUACUCAAACAAAAAUUAUACAUUGACUGAACAUUUUCUUCCUGCAGGAAUGGGAGUGUUCAGCUUUUACCAGGUACGAUGACAACCUCUACAGCAGGAGUUACGCGGGGCGGCUAAAGAAAGGCAUCAGGCCUUGUCAGAGGGACUACUCUGUGUUUGAGGGCUACUACACCCCUCCUAUCACCAGCACCUUACUGCUCAGGUCCUGCAAGGUACAUGCUACAGCCCAGAGUUAUUGAAUGGUGUCAGUUUCAGUAUCAAUCCCUAUCGUCCUAUUGGGUGGCAUAUCGAAAUUAAGUCUGAUAUUUGGCCCUGUCUAGAAAUGGAUUGUUAUUGGUUCAGUCUUAUCCCUUACAUUUAUGCCUACCUGUGUUUGGCUCCAGAUGGUCACCCAUGAGAUAGAGCACGUAUUCGGGGUGAAGCACUGCCAGUGGAUGCAGUGUGUCAUGCAAGGCUCCAACUACCUGGAUGAGUCAGGCCCUGUGUAGCUCAGUUGGUAGAGCAUGGCGCUUGCAACGCCAGGGUUGUGGGUUCGAUUCCCACAGGGGGCCAGUAUGAAAAUGUAUGCACUCACUAACUGUAAGUCGCUCUGGAUAAGAGCGUCUGCUAAAUGACUAAAAUGUAAAAUGAGUCAGACCGCUGGCCCCUGGACCUUUGCCCGGUCUGCCUCCGCAAGCUGCAGUCUGCCACCGGAUUCAAAAUGGCUGACAGAUACAAGGUAAGCACAUAAUUUGCAUCGACUUUCAUUCACUGUAUUCUGUAGCCUGGUUGCCAGUCUAUAUCCCAUACUACAGUAUAAUGGGGUGACUCUGGAGUGCCUAUAUCUCUUGUCUCUCUCAGACCUUGCUGCGAUGGAUAGAAGGAGCAGCUAGUCCUGGACAGCCCACUGUCCUAAACCCACUCUGGGCUUCCAGACCUCCAGACAUUGGCUCAGGAGGUGUCUGGAGAUUCUGGAGGAAGUGAUAUUCUAGAAUCUCCAGAUUUACCUAUAGAUUCUAGAAUGGUCACACUCAGGAAAUGGAUAUGAUUUAUGAAUAUACACUAGGAUGAGAUGAAGAUCCUAGAAUGGACAUUUCUAUUCAAAGCACUUUAAUGACUUUACACAUUAUUGUGAUAUUUCUUUUUUAUUAGUACCAAAAUAUCUUAGGAUUCUCACAAGUGAUUGCAUUGUCUAAAAAAUUUAAAGUGAAGAUUAAAAAGUAAUUGAAUACAACAGUGUCAUGAUGUGUUGUUCUUCACAGCUGACUUCAUAAAUCUAAAAACGGGCCUCUACAUAUUCUUUGUAUCCUCUCUUACAAUACCAUGAGCCAAAACAGUGUUUUCAUGUUCAUGGAAGCUUUAAUACCAUUGUUGUCCCAGUUUACAACAAAUCUUGCAGUGUUCAUUUCACCCCUUACAUCCAGGAUGUUCAGUUCGCCCUUUCCUUUGUUCAGUGUGAGUCACUGGAGGUAUGAAACCUCUUCAGACUCCCGAAACCAGAUCUGAAAUCACAGGGUAGAUAGUCCUUAUCCAUCCGUGUGCAGUCUAGAUCUUUAUUCACACAUUUGUCUGAUCUAUCUCUAUCACCACUAGUUUAAUCGAGACUUCAGUUCAGACUGUCUGAUUUACCUCAAUCAGCACUAGUUUAACCGAGACUUCAGUUCAGACUCUUAUGGGGUUUCCUUCUGACCUGUGUGAUGUCUUUUCAAGUAGAGAUUGUCAUCGGUUGGCCUUUUUCUGUAACGUUUUCUCAUCCAAAUCAAGGUCAACUUCUAGGAAGUCCUGAGGACUGACUCUGUCCUGGGCCUCCUUCCCCUCUCGCUGAGGUACAGGGUUUCCCGGCCCCACCUGCAGGGGUUCUGGGAGGUUCUGAGCCCCCCUCCUGCUGCACAACCUGGUCUCAGAGCACUUCAUAUUAUUCUGUAAGUAAAAACCCUAACCCAUUUAGAUAACCCUUCACCUAACCUUAACCCUUUUAGCUAACCCUAACCUUAACCCUUUAACCUAACUCCUAAACUUAACCUUAACCUUAACCCCUAGCCUAGCUAACGUUAGCGAGCUAGCUAACGAUAGACACCUGGCCAACUAGCUAGAAUUCGUAACAUAUCAUACGUUUAGCAAAUUCAUAACAUAUUGUACGUUUUGCAAUUUUGUAGCAUAUUGUACGUUUUGCUAAUUCGUAACAUAAUAAUACGAAUUGUAAUUCGUAACAUAUUAUAUGAAAUGGGUGAUGGACACCCACAAAUUAAUACAUACCAUUCAAAAUGUAACAUAUCAUAGUAAAUGGAGUGUCUCUGAUUUACAUACAGAAUAAUACGAAAUGCUCUGAGGCCUGGUUGUGCUGCAGCAGGGCAGGCCUCUCUUGGCUGGUCGUACCAGACCCAGGAACACAGCCCCCAGACCCAUACCCACUGCACAGGAGUAGAACGCUGAGCCGUAGUUCUGAGUCAGGUCCACAAGAACACCUGAGAGAACACAAUAGAAAAUUCUAUAAGUUAAACAAACUCAUUUAUUAAAAUGAUGCACAAAUGAAGCAAGUUUGUGUUAUUUUCCUUUGAUGAUAAUGGUGGGACAUAUCAGAAAGAGAGAGCAAAAGAGACAGAGGGCUGUGAAAAAGAUGUGAUCUGUAUGCAUCUCUUACCUCCCAGAGGUGGUCCCGCCAGCCCAGCGAAGCUCUGUAUAAACACAUAGACCCCCACGGCCGACGGCAUCCUCUCUAUGCCCACCACAUCCUCCUCUGCCAGCAUGGGUAUAUGUGUCGACGACACGGUGCCUAUAAAAAACCCAUAGAACCCACAACACACCACCAGGCCCCAGAACUCCCACACCAGGGUAAAGGCCACCAGUACCAGGCACAGCAGAACUACACAUCCCAGCAGCACCAGGGGCUUCUUGCCUCUGAACAGCUUCCUGCCUAG